AUCGUUGGUGUGUUUAAUGUUAACCAUUUUACAGAUAAAUUGUAAAGAGGAAUUGUUACAUUGACUAGAAUUUUAUGGCCAAAAUGGGAUAAAACGUGUAUUCGAACAUACCUUCUUUUCGUUUGUUAGUCUGCGUGAACAUGGAAGAUAGAGUCGUGACUCGAAAGAAAAGAGGACGGCCAAACAGAGGAGGUGGGCGAUUUAAUCGCGGCUCCUCAAAAAGCUCACGAGGGCGAGGUGGUCGUCGAGAUGAUGGUCGAGACGACAAGCAACAAUAUGGAGACAGGAGAAAAGAUGAACGUGAUGACAGAUUUGGGAAAAGGUCUGCACCACCACCACCACCACCACCUAGCUUUGAGAAAGAGGUCCGUGUUCCAAUGCAGAGACUACAUAUGACAUCAGAAAACCAAGAUAUGGUUGAAGACAUGCUUAAAGAUCUGAGAGGAGAAGAGAUUGAUGUGUACAGUGAUGAGGAGUAUGAUGAGCUAGAUGACCGCUAUGAGGACCAGUACUGGAUGACUGACAAUACCCUCUAUGUGGAGGAUGCUAUUAACUUCUCAGCUAAGAACCACUCAGCUCAAAAACCUAAAGUUACAGCUCCUGUAGACACUGUGAACAGAUAUGCAGUCAACAAACUGAUUAGGUAUGGGUUUGAGAAGCAAAGAUGUAUUGAAGCUUUGCAGCUUCUUGAUGGAGACAUCGGGUCGUCCUUUGAGUAUCUGUACUGUAAGUGUUUUGAUCUGCCAACGCUUACAGAUGUAGGUAAUGAUGUUGAUGAUGAAGAUAUUGAAGAAGAAACGGAUACCAAAGUAACACUAACAAAGGCAGAAAAACUACAGAAAAAUGGGAUCACAUGGGAGGAGAUUGAAGAACAGAGACAGGAGGAAAUCCUGGCCUUGGAGGCUAUUUAUAUUGAGGAAUUUGAAAUAAGAAUCCCGGACAGACUAUGGGUGUUUCGACUGGAACUCAAAAAUUUAAUGGACAUGGUGAUGAAUUCUGGUAAAGUAAAGAAAGAAUCCGAAGAAAAAAGUUUUGGAGAGAAUUCAGAAAUUUGUAAAUUUUUCAAGAAAGGUGCAUGCCAUUUUGGUGAUAGAUGUCGAUACAAACAUGUGGUGGAAGAUACUGGAAGCAAAAGUGACUCUGUUGAAAAGACUGACAAGGCAAACUUUGAACUAGAACUUCGUUUUGGGAGCGAUAAUAUAUAUCCUUAUGAACCGCCUAUUAUAGGAUUCUCUUCAAUUGCUCCUGGAUUUCCUAGUGAGAUCUGCUUGAAUAUAACAGAGUGUCUUCUUAAGGAGGCCCAAGAGCUGGCUUCAGCCCAGUCACCUGCUUCCUUCUCGCUUAUAGCCCUGCUGGAAGAUGACCUCAUGCUUGCACAGUGUAUUGAGAAACCUCCUUUAGCUUUUAGUCUUCCAGAACCCGAAAAUUCUGUCAUUCCAGGUGUUAGAUCUCUCUUAAGACAAGAAAAUAAUGCACCAAAGUCUGCUCGUAAUCUGGAUGAGGAAUCUUUUGAUGACAACUACAGUGAAAAACAGACUGAAGCAUUGGUGAAAAUGGUGGAAGCAGAGGGCAAGUUCCGACAGGAUGUGGAUGAUAGUAGUAGUGUGACUGAUGAGGUGGAAGAUAAACCAGUGACUGUGAAAAGAACAAAUUCUAGAGAGGUGGAGAAAGACAAGCAGAUAUCUCAAGCAGAAAUUCUUAAGCAAAACAGGAGACUGAAAGAUGAUUAUCAAAGAAAACUGGGAACAAAGGCUCUUGGUUCAAUGAUUUCACAAAGGAAACGUUUGCCUGCCUGGAACAAGCAAGAUGACAUCCUGGCAGCUUUGAAAAGUCAUCAAGUUUUGGUCAUUAGUGGAAUGACUGGCUGCGGAAAGACAACACAAGUACCCCAGUUCAUCCUUGACUCGUACUUGAACAAGAAGAAGGAUCUAAAGAUGUGUAACAUCAUGUGUACCCAGCCACGCAGGAUCUCGGCCAUGGCGGUGGCGGAGAGGGUCGCCGAGGAGAGAGUGGACAGACUGGGCCGCAUAGUGGGCUACCAGAUCAGACUGGAGAAAGUUCAGUCCUCUCUGACGAGGCUGUUGUUCUGUACCACGGGGAUCGUCCUGCGGAGACUGGAGGGAGACCCAGACCUCGAGGGAGUGUCCCAUAUCAUCAUUGAUGAGGUCCACGAGAGAUCAGAGGAAAGUGACUUCCUGAUGAUGUAUCUGAGAGACAUGCUGCCCAACCGACCAGAUCUGAAGGUCAUCCUGAUGAGUGCUACCCUCAAUGCCGAGCUGUUCUCCCAAUACUUCAAUGGCUGCCCCGUCAUUGAUAUUCCUGGUAAAACAUUUCCUGUCCAGUCUUUCUUCCUUGAGGAUGCUGUACAGUUCACACAUUUUGUGAUGGAGGAGAAAUCGCCGUACGCCCGGCCCCUGAAGCAGAUGAACGCUGUACGACAGGGACAGUCCUGGCAGACGUACGAGGAGGACUACAACUCUGACCCCGGGAAACCUCCGGGGGAGAGGAUGAAAGACGAGAACCUGACCGUCAAACAGCUCAUGUACAGAUAUUCAGAGUACAAGAAGUCGACAUGUAAAGCCCUGUCAAUGAUGGACCUAGACAAGAUUAACUACGACCUAAUUCUAGAACUUCUGGAAUGGAUUGUUGACGGAGAACAUCAGUUUCCUCUGGGAGCCGUCCUGGUGUUCCUGCCAGGGUUUGCUGAAAUACAGCAGCUGUACGAGGCACUGACCUCUCACAAAGUGUUUGGUGCCAGGAGUGGAGGAAGGUUUAAAAUCAUCCCCUUGCACUCCACGCUAUCCAGUGAAGAUCAGCAUGCUGUUUUUCUAAAACCUCCAGAAGGAGUAACAAAAAUUGUCAUAGCAACCAAUAUAGCAGAAACAUCCAUCACCAUAGAUGACAUCACUUUCGUAAUUGAUGCUGGGAAAAUGAAGGAGAAGAGGUAUGACUCUUGUAAGGGAAUGGAGAGUUUGGACACAGUGUGGGUCUCCAGAGCCAAUGCCCUACAGAGGCGGGGGAGGGCAGGGAGGGUGGCCUCUGGGGUCUGCUUCCAUCUGUUCACUAAGCACCGCUUUGACUACCACCUCCAGGAACAACCCAUACCAGAAAUUCAGAGAGCCCCAUUGGAGCAGAUCAGCUUGAGGAUUAAGAUGCUGGACAUUUUCAAAAAAGUUCAUGUUCAGGAGGUGCUGGAACAGUUACCUGAGCCCCCUGUGGAGGAAUCGACCCUGGCUGCCCUCAAACGGUUACAGGAUCUGGGGGCUCUGGAUGAAAACGAUGAGUUAACUCCCUUGGGAUACCAUUUAGGUUCUUUACCAGUAGAUGUCAGAAUUGGAAAACUGAUGUUGUUUGGGGCGAUAUUCAGAUGUCUGGAUCCAGCUCUCACUAUAGCAGCCACAUUAAGUUACAAGUCACCGUUUGUUUCUCCAUUCGAUAAACGUGAUGAAGCAGACAAGAAGAAGUUGGAAUUUGCUGUGGGAAAUUCGGACCAUUUAACAAUGCUCAAUGCUUACAAGGGGUGGAUUGAGGCUAGAAUGAGGUCACACAACGAAGGCUACAAAUUCUGUUUCCAGAAUUUCUUGUCAUCUAAAUCCUUACAGAUGUUGGCCAGCAUGAAGCAGCAGUUUGUGGAGCUGUUGUCAGACAUCGGGUUUGUGAAGGAGGGGAUCGUGGUCCGCGACGUGGAGAGAGCAGCCAGGGGUGGAUCCGAUGGAGUGGUGGAUGUCACAGGGAUUGAGGCAAAUAUCAAUUCCACUAAUUGGAAGCUGGUAUCAGCCAUUUUGGUUGGAGCAUUGUAUCCAAAUGUUGUGCAAGUCAUGAAGCCGUCGACCAAAUUCAGUCAGGGUAGCACAGGUGCUGUUUACAAGGCUCCAAAACCUGAUGAGUUAAAAUUCAGAACGAAAUCUGAUGGCUAUGUUUAUAUUCAUCCGUCCUCUGUGAACUUCCAAGUCAACCAUUAUGAUAGUCCCUACCUUGUGUACCAUGAAAAGAUCAAAACCACCAAGGUGUACAUACGAGAUUGCACCAUGGUCAACAUGUACCCACUACUGCUGUUCGGGGGAGGAAGUAUUUCCGUUGAUCUAGAAAAGGGAAACUUUGUCCUAACAAUAGACGAUGGCUGGAUAAGAUUCCUGGCUGAUUCAACCAAGGUUGCUGAGUUGGUGCGUGAGCUUCGGCUAGAACUGGACCAACUACUGACAGAUAAAAUCCAGAAUCCACACAUGGAUUUGUGUACAUGUCCCAAGGGAAGUAAAAUCAUUGAUACCAUUGUCAAACUGAUCAGUACUCAGUAA